AUGUGUUUAACAAAGUGUGAUUGAAUUUGACAUUGAAAAGAGAGCCCAUCUGAGUUGUCCAUCACGCCUUGUUUAAUACAUCUUGAUUCUACCUAUGUCUUUGUUUUACUUGAAUAUAUUUUUAUCACGCUUUAAAUUCGCUAACAAAAUGUUUCAAGCAAGUUUAUACUUUUUGAGCACCCCUUUAAAAUGUAACGACUCUGGUGUUAACUAAGCUAAAUAAUAGAGUUCGUAAAACUGUUGUAUGACGGAAUUUAUUUGGUCCCUAUCCGGUAGUGCAUUUUUGGUCCCAAACCGCAGUUUCGGUACCAGUGUGAAUUUAGUAAUAUCCCAAAUAUCAUUUUGGAAGCCGCCGUAUUAAAAUAAUAUAUUGGCAAAAGUCGAAUGGUUGGAAAUUUUCAUCUGCAAAUUUUUGGGUUGAUUUGUUACAAAUUUUCAUACAUAUUGCAAUGUCUUCAGAGCCAGAUGCAGAGCAAAUAAAUUGCAGCAAAUUUGAAUCAGCAGAGGAAGGAAUUGUCACAACAGUAGUGGAAAAUGCAAACAGUACGAUGUCGCAAACAGAACAAGAGGAAUCUUGCCACCAAAUCGACUGUUCGGUCCCGCGCAAACAACGCGAACGCCGUAAUAAAUCUCCCAUUGCCAUAUCAACACUUUUAGAAACUUUUGCAGCUCCACUAUCACCAGCAUCAUCUUGUACUUCACAAGGCAAUAGCAGUGCCGAUGCCACAUUUGAGCCUUCUAUUGAUAUGAUGGUCAAUGACUUUGACGAUGAACAAACGCUCAAUGAGGAGGACGCAUUAGCUGCCAUGGAGCAACAAGAUCCACAUGAUGAAAUUGCUACCUUGAAGGAAGAGGGCGAAAUGCCUUUAGAAGAGUUACUAGCCAAGUAUCAAGGAGCGCCUCCUAUUCCUGUACACAUUGCCACUCAGAGGAAAAAGAAUAAAAGAAGUGCGGGGAGUGGGAAACAUUCGAAACACAGAAAAACGGAAAGUGACUUGCCAGUAGAAAUUAAUAUUUCUGAGGACUAUAUGAAUGGCGCAAUAGAGCCAGUUGAAGAAAAUCAGUCGAAAACGAAACAAACAACAGCGAAUGAAGUUAUAUUAAUUGAAGAAAGUAAUGAUGAAGAUCAUAAUGGCAGUAAAUUGAUGACAAAAUCUUCCUUGGGUGAAGAAGUAGCAUUGGCACAGCAAGGGGAGGAUUGCAUGCCUGCUCGAAAUUCGGAAAACAAUGAUUCAUCAAUUGAACAUGUUAAUGAAAAAACUAAACACCGUCGCUCUCAUCUUAUGGAUCUUUAUCCAGAAGAGUCCUUUACAGAAGUAUUAAAUUCAGGAGAUGGAACUGACAAAGAUUUGCCACUCAAACCUCUCUUUAAUGAAUACGACGAAAUAGAAGAUAUAAAUGAGGUGGAGGAGGAGGAGGAGGAAGGAGAGUUUGAUAGUGACUAUGUGAAGAAAACAAUCAUGGUAGGUCCGUCUUAUCAAGCAACCAUACCGGAUGGAUUAUCACAGUAUGGAGAUGUGUUACCAUACGAGAAUGAGGAUAAAUUAAUUUGGGAACCAAGUCAGGUUAGCGAACGUCAAGUAGAAGAAUAUUUAUUGAAAGCACGCGAUAUCAAGCCGUGCAUGUUGGACAGUGUUGAUGAAGAAACCGAAGAAUGUAACGAGACUAAUAGUGCAGCGAAUAAAGCUAGCGAAGCUAUAGGUCUACGGAAUGGAAGUGAUACUGAUAAUAAAGAAUUCUCUAAGAAUCACAAUACGGACGAUGUGCUUAAUCUACCGUCGUCCCUUGCCAAUAAUGAAUGCGGUGAUGCGACUGCUGUCAUCAAAGACAACGAGCAGGCUCUUCACUUGCUGGUCCAAUGCGGAUAUGAUUUCAAAGAGGCCUUACGUCGUAAACGUCUAAAUGCGCUUCCACUGACUGGUUCGAUGAGUCUUUGGUCGGAAGAAGAGUGUCAUAAAUUCGAGGAGGGUAUACAAAAAUUUGGCAAAGAUUUUCUUAAAAUUCGCCAAAAUCAGGUGCGUACUCGUACAAUGCGAGAGCUGGUACAGUUUUACUAUCUUUGGAAGAAAAGUGAUCGCCGUGAUCAUAAUUUUGCUAACUCCGACACCGUGGAUCACAUGGAUAUCUAUCUAAAUGAGGGUGGCGAUUAUAGCCCAACAUCGGCAAUCAACGGCACUGCAGGAACUGGUCACUCAACUAAUAACAACGGCGCUCCAACUUUGGGUGUUCGAAAAAAUAAUGCGUGCGCUCAGAAGAAUCCAAUCUCUAUAAUGAUGACCGGCAGCACUAAUAUCAAUAACUGUGCGACAACAACAACAGCAGCAGCAACACAAUUAAAUGUCAGCAAUAGUAAAGUAGCUAAUAAUCGAAAACGUAAUGCUGUGGGACAUCCCAAUAAUAAUUAUGAAAAUCCAAUAACUCCAAAUAUACCAUUAUCGCCUGCACAAACGAAAUGAUUACGGAUCGUUUCGUAGCCCAAUAGAAUAAUGCUUAGGGGGAGGAGGGUAAAUGUGCGACGCGCUGAAGCUAAACCGUGAAGGUACUGGUGACCUAAUCGUUAUGCUGCGCAGCAUGCAAAAAAGAAGUUACGGAAAUGAAUAGUAUUAAAUUAAAAAUUAAAAAAUAUUUCUCUAUACAUAAUAUGUCUAUUAUAUAUGUAUUAGUACAUAUAGGAGUUUAAAUAACUUUUCCAUCGUUUAAAAAUUUCAAUCUUGAAGAGUAAUGAAAUUAUCGAUGCAGAUAGAAAUUCAUUAAAGUUUUUUUUUAAUAUAAGUUAGAUUUGUAAGUGUUUAAACGAUAACAAUAAAUGUUUUUCGUCACAUGGCUACUGAAUUCAAUGUAUGUAAUACAGUGUAUAUACAUGCAAGGAUACAUAAUAGUGGAAUUCACGCUUCUGUGUAUUCGUUGUAUCUUAUGCAAUUGUAACUGAAUGAGCGUAUGAUUUGGUAUGCAUUGGCGG